AUGGAAAAGGCAGCAACGCGCACGGCGGAGGAACAAACUGCCCUUGCAAACAAGGCUAUGGAAGACGCCGAGACCUCAGCGACGACCUCUCCAGCCUCUCCAGGGGUUUGUUUGCUUUUGAUUGAGCCUUUGACGCCUUCCGACUAUGUCGAAAACUUCGCAGAAGGUGCGCCUUGCCUCCAGCUUGCAGCAGCAGCAGCAGCAGCAGCAGCAGCAGCGGCAGCUGCAGCAGCAGCAGCAGCUCCAGCGUGCGACAUCCCUGAGUGCUACCGGCGCAGCUGCUGCACCGACCCUAACGCCUUCAAAGGCAGCUGGCAGCUGCUGCUGGGGGGCCGCAGCGACAGCGUGGAAGAGCUGCUGGGGGCUCUUGGGAUAAGUUUGUUGAAGCGGAAAGUGAUGGCGAACUACGCGAGCGUGACGGACAUUCAGAUCCUCAGCAGCAGCAGCAGCAGCAGCAGCGACAGCAGCAGCAGCAGCGGCGGCGAGGGCAGCAGCAGCCAGAUCGCAGCAGCUGUUGCAGCAACUCCCACUUUUGAACUCACCACACAUUUGCCCCUCAAAAACACCAAACAGGGAACUUUCUGCUUCGACGGAAGCUGCACCGAAGUCCAAGACUCGGACACGGGGAACUGGGCCUGCCGCUGCGUGUGGCUGCGGGGCCGCGCGCUGCAGCGGCGGUGGGGCCCCCUGGGAGUUAUGUUUGACUCGCGUUGCGUUUUUGCUGCUGACCCUCUCGAAGGCAGCAAACUCGAGGGGCCCGUCAUGCUCUUCGUCUGGACUUUCCACCCAAAGGGCAAGGCGCCAAUCAAAUGCAUGCGCUGGCUGAGGAAGAUUUGA